GGGCCAUACCUGGAAAAACACUGGGCCAGAAAACUAGUUACCCCGCGCUUUUCACAGUUAUUUAUAUUUCUCCAGCUGUCCGUGGUUUGACAACAGUGAUUUAUGUACAACAACCCGAAUCCUUGGCCGCCUCACCAUGGUCAAUAUUGAGAAAACGGCAGAUAUGGCGGCGGCGGAACCACAGGCAGAUUCCAGUCCCAUUUGGAAAACAGCUCUGGAGCGGUAUUUCGCCGAAACCCGGAAAGGGGGGAUCAAAGAUGCAGCUAUCGAAAACCAUCUCUGGACUGUACAGACACCCGAAGACUUACUUAACGGAAUCGAGGCUAUCGUGCCACCGAACACCGAACCAUCCAUCUCCUGGGCGAGAGCUUUGAAAGAAUUGAAACCAGUCCUUUUGGGGCUGAGUGACUUCGCCGCUAUCAUAGCCUGGGCUUUUGGAAUGGACGGAAAAGUGGCCGUGCUUCUUUGGGGCUCCAUCCGUCUCAUUUUAAUGAACGCACAGCCUGUACUCGCGGAACUAGUCGAGAUGUUGGGCGAGCUGCAGCGAACUCUGCCUCGAAUUCAAAAGUACGAGAAAGAACUACCAAUGACAGACGCGUUAGAGAAAGCUUUACUCGAUAUGUACAGCGAAAUCAUUGUGUUUUGUGCUUACGCUGUCACGACCUUCCGCAACAAUCCUAACAUCGGGCGAAGUCCUGCUUGGCUAUCUUUCAAUCAGAGAUUUGCUCAAACGAAAACAAACCUUGAAAAGUUCUCUCGGAGAAUAGAUGAAGUCGUGGACAUGAUAAGGCUAUCGAGGGAAUCGAGGACCGCGGAGACAGUAGCCAUCAUCCAAAACACAAAGUCGAAAGACCCUAGCGUGAGGCUGCCGUGCCACAGUAUCCCUCAUGGACUGAACCUGCGCUUUUUUGGACGAGAAAGUCAAAUGGGCAUCCUCAAAGAGACACUGGGCCCUGAGAAAAACCGGCAGGAAAUGCGGGCCAUUUCGAUUCAUGGCAUUGGUGGCGUUGGGAAAACUCAAUUAGCACUACAAUAUGCCAACACAUCCUUGGGAAUCUAUGACCUGAUAGCUUGGGUCCCGGCAGAAUCGCAGAUCAAGCUUGUACAAGCCCUAUCGGCUUUCACGACGAAACUUGGCCUGGCUGAGGAACAUGACCAAAUGGACAAUAGCCAAGUGGUGCAGCGCCUCAAAGACUGGCUCAACACGUGCGGCAAAAACUUCCUGUUGGUCUUUGACAAUGUCGAUGACGUGGAUAUCCUAGAGCAAAUUUGGCCGGCAAGCUCGCAUGCAUCGGUCAUCAUCACUACCCGGUCUCCUUCGGUGGCAUCCAGGCGAUCCAAGAAAAUUCUCCGGCUUGAAUGUUUCGCUCUCGAACCAGCAACGGAAAUGAUCUACGCACUUUCAGGAAAGCGUCCGUCUCAGGAGUGUGAUGUGACUGCGGCCGUGGAAUUAUGUGAAUUGCUAGGCGGGUUGCCAUUGGCAAUGGAGCAGGUCGCUGCUUUCAUCAGAGACAGGGACUUUUUGUUUAGCGAGGUCCUUCCCAAACUCAAGAAAUCAGCGGAAAAGGUAUUCGCUAGGACCCGAGCCAUUGAUGCAUAUGAACAUACGGUCAGCACGGUCUGGAACCUUUCGCUGGAGCAGCUAUCGGAACAAGCCAAAAUAUUGCAUAAUGUACUAGCAUUCUUCGAUCCGGACCACGUUUCUGAGCAUUUAAUCAAUCAGACCAAAGUGCGGCUUAACGAUCCUGCUUGGGAAUUUCUUCUGGAUGAUUUUGAGUUUGGAGACGCUGUGAUUGAACUUACAAGAAAGUCACUUGUGACACGAGUAUCUGCCUCGAAGGCACUAUGUAUGCACAGAUUAGUGCAGCAGACGGUCUUCACCCGACUUUCCCCAGAUCAGAGGCUUUUUUAUAUGGGCCGAGUGAUAGAGAUGCUCUCUUCUGACUUCCCAAAUAUUUGGAACUGCCGCGGGCCGUACCAGGGACACGGCUACAAAGACUGGGAAACAUGUGGAAUUGUGCUUCCUCAUAUUAGCCAGUUGAUGAAAUUGACGAAAGACCACGGUCUUCGCCCUGAGAAUCCUGGCAUUUGGGCCGAGCUCGUCUUCCGAGCUGGAACAUAUCUUUGGGAGAAGGAGCAGCCUUACCUCGCGCAAGCCUUUAUCGAGUUUGGAAUACAUAUCCAUAACGAUGAUUCCAGCUCAACUAUGGCGCAAGCACAUCGUAUUCUAGGCCAUAUUUUACUGGACAUUGCUCAACCACACGCUGCUCUUAAAGCAUAUACCAAGGCACUCUCUAUCCGUCUUAGGACCGAAGAGGCUAAUUCUCCGCAAAUUGCUGAUGUAUAUGAUUCAAUCGCAUGCAGCUAUACAGAAAUCGGGGAUAUGCCUAAUGCAUUCGAUUUUAUUGAGCGAGCGACCGCGAUCCAUCUCGCACACGACCCUCAACAUAUGGCACGCACCGAUGCGAUUCGUGCGAUGGCCUGUCUGCGUGACUGCCGACCCUCGGAGGCACUCCAGGCCCUACAAAAGUGCUGGAAACUCCAAAGUCUCUCGCAACAAGAGAUUGAGCAAUCGCGCUAUCCGAAACACAGUGGCGAUGUCAUGCUGCUGGCCAGGAUCCUCUGGGCCCUUGAGGAGAGAUCCACCGGUCGAGAGCUCGCAUCCCGAGCCGUCAGCAUUCGCAGAGGAAUUUUCGGAGAAAACGGUGGUCCUAGGGUGGCAGAUUCCUUGUUCCACCUUGCGCUGAUGCUGAGCGAGGACGGCGAGCAUGUUUUGUCUGCAAAACUCCUUCGAGAAAUCACUCAAAUGGAUGUAGGCAUGAAGGAGAUCAAGCCGCAUCAAGCUCGAGCUUUCUGGUUUCUCGCAAAAGAGGAAGGGAAAAUUGGUACCAGGCAAGACUUGUGCGAGGAUCUGAAGCGUCAAGCCAAAACAGCAUAUCAAGCACUAAAACAUGGCCAAACCUUCGAUGACAGCGACCAGGCUUAUAUGAACCUCGUGAGCUGGAUGCUAUGGUAGACUACAAGCAUACAAUUUAGUUUAGUAUUCCAGUGGGUGGUGCGCAACGCCCAGGAUCCCACUUUAGAAAGCACCGAUGGUGUAGUCCACGACAAUUGCUUUUUCGAUAAUCUGCCCAGCGUUUUUCACGAAAGAUUGGUGCGUCGGGUCCUUUGCC